AGCAAGUAGCACAGUAGGAUCCUAUAGGAGAAAGGGGAGGAGAGUUACCUGGGAGGUACAAAAGACCAGGAAGAACAGGCAGGCUCCCUCUUUCAUUGCUGAUUAAGGAUCCAAGAAGGCACCCACCAUCACAGCUCCUGGAAUCAAAGGAAGGCAUAAGUACAAUUUACAUUACUAACCCCCCUGCGCUCCCCCUCUCCCAAACUGCAGGUAUAUACACAUACUGCAGUCCCCAUUCAAGCAUCCAUACACAGUUAGCCCAAGUCAUUUAAGACCCAUCGCUGCACAAACAGCAUGCCCAGGCCUAAGAGGAAUGCAGCCCCCCCCCAGCGUCUCAUACAAGCAGACGCACCGAAGUCCGCGGCAGCGGGCGGUACUGCACGCGGCCACGGGACCCGGCCGGGGUCGGCGAGACCCCCACCCGCUUCCCCCCUCCAUACCUGGCUGGCGCGCGGCGGCCUCGAGGCAGGCUCCGGCGAGCCAACGCACAGCCCGGCGCGGGAUGUGAUACAGCACAUCCCGUCGCUCGGCACGCAAGCCCCUCCCCUUCCGGCGCCGAGCGAACGCGUCACGCUCGGCGCCGCUCUGCAGCAGCGGCAGCCUGAAACCCCGGCUUCGGCGGUGCAGGCCCCACCGCCGGAGCACACACAGAAUCCCCCCCCCGCAGCCCUAGGCACCGGCGCGUACCCACAAAUGAGGGGGCGCACAGACAAUAGGCGGCAGCAGCAGAUUGCGGCUCCGGAGGGACAUGCCCCACCGCCGGAGCCCGCAUGUACACCCCCCGCAUCCCUGGACAUGUAUAGCACGUACCCAUACACGUUGGGACGUGCAAACCAGGGGCAGGCACCACCGCCGGAGCCCACAUGUAACCCCCCCGCAUCCCAAGGCAUUAACAGCAUGCACCCGCACAUGAUGGGGCAUGCACAGCAGCCGCAUAGCACGCCUCCGGCGGGACAGGCCCCACCGCCGGAGCCAUGGCAUACACCCCCAACGGCGCUGCACAUGAGCCACACGUACCCACCAAUAUUGGUGCGGAGCUCCCUCACACCGCACGCACUGCCAGAACAAGCGGCGUGCAGCCAGCCGCAAUACGCACCGGUGCAGCAUAUGGGGUGGGGGCAACAGCACACAUCGCUCCCCCCCCCCUGGUGGCAGGCAGGGCUGCACCCUCCCCCGGCCCAUUACCCGCAAUGGGCGAGCGGCUGGCCCACCAGCGCCCAAACCCCAUGGUACCCACCCCCGUCGCAGCCCGCAGCAGCAAGCCAUUACACACACCCGGGAGGAGCCCUCCACAGGGCAACCCCCCUCCAGUCAUGCGGGCUGCCCCUCACCUUAGACAGCGGCCCGCAACAGCAUCCGGGUCAGGCAAUGGGGACAGGGAGCAGCGGAAGGUUGGGGUCAGGAGACCGCGGACAGAGCAGUAGGGCGCAGGCCCUCCAGCCGCUAGAGGGGCAGCAGCGGCACCCAGUGGAGCAGCCUCGGCCGCAACCGGCAGAUACGUUACACAUAUCCUCUGUGAGGUUACAGGUUCCAGCCUCCAUAGAAGAUAGACAGCCGGCACCAGGGCCACCAUCAGAUCAAGUCCCGGCGGGCGCGCUGCGCGACGAGGGACAGAACGGAGCGGCAGAGAUGGUCAAUCGGACACCCGAGGCUUCAGGAACAGAUUAUCAAGCCGGGCUAGCAAGGCUAGCAAGAAAGGCAGUGGCACCGCGGACGCUGAGGACGUACGAGGCGGCUUUCAGCGAAUGGCAGGCGUUCAGGAUAGGAAAAGGAGAGGCGGGUAAGAACGCUCGCGAGGAACUGUUGGAGUACGUGUGGCAGGGGUAUAGCCAGGGGAGAUCUAAGGCAGCAAUGUCCGCAACACUCGCAGGGAUAGCGUACGUCGCAAAGCUUAGAGGGGAGGAGGACCCAACAAAGUCAUUUCUGUUAUCAAAAGCGCUAAAAGGGUGGGCAAGGGAGCAGGCGACGCCAGGCGACGCGCGCAGGCCCAUAGGGCGCCCCAUGCUUAAGAACUUAAUAGAAGUAGUGAGUCGCAUUGCAGCGGAUGAGUACGAAACAGGGCUUUUCCGCCUGGCUUUUUCCCUCGCAUUCUUAGGAGCUUUCAGGGUAGGGGAGCUGGUAGCGAGCUCCAAGAGCUCAAAAGAUUCGGGCCUAAUGGCAGGCAACGUAGCGGUGGAAAAAGAUAGGGUGCUCUGCAAAAUACACAAGUCAAAAACAGAUCAGUUAGGCCGGGGGCGCUGGGUAACGAUAGGAAGGCAGGAAGAGCAAAGCACAUGCGCGGUAACACUGGCAAGCGAUUUCGAGCGGAGACGCCCGCAAGGGCCCUGGCCGCAGUGGCUAGUGCACGAUAGCGGUUCACCCCUGACUAGAUUCCAGUUCCAAAGCGUAUUCAAGAAGGGCCUGAGGGCAUUGCAGCUGCCCGUGGGGCAAUACGGUACCCAUUCCUUUAGGAUAGGGGCGGCUACCUGCGCGGAGGCGGAGGGGUUGCCAGCAAGCGAGAUCAAAAAGCUAGGCAGGUGGAAGUCGGGAGCGUACAAGGUAUACUUACGCACGGAAAAGCACGACUAGAAAGCAGCGCGGCGUCUUUCGCGAAACCCAAGGCCUUAAGCUGCCCGCCAUUAAAAUGGGGGAUUGAAGGAAUUUUUCCAAUUUUGCCCUCAAACAAAAUGAGGUUUUGUGGUUUUCGCCUUCAUUUGGGUCGCGUGAAAGUUCGCAAGCAAAGGCCGCAUACAACAGGGGGUAACGUACAUGUGUAAUUCUGCUUUUCAGGAGGGAAAAAGAAGGACGGGAGAGUCUGGAUGGUCGGCCACUCGUAUAUUUACUGGGCCAGCAGACACAAAUCAGCCGGGGAUUUAGCACAAAAGUGGGGGGCAGAAGUGGAAUGGAUAGGCAUCAGGGGUUUGAGAUGGAAAGGGCUACGGGACACGUUGCUAAGGAAUGAGAGGGCACACGGGAUGCCAGGGAGGGUCGUAAUACACCUAGGGGGCAACGAUCUGGGAAAAAGCAAGGGGAGCGAGCUGAUUGCGGCAAUACAAGCUGACAUUCAAUGGCUGAAGGGAAGGUGGCCCAAUACAGGGAUCACUUGGUCCGAUAUAGUCCCAAGGGCGCAGGGGGGCCCGGGGUUAGAAAGGGUCAGAAGGAAGGUGAACAAAGCGGUAGCCCGCCUAUUAACGGAAGAAGGCGAUACAAUCGCCAGGCAUCCGUUGUUGAGGUUCGGAGAGGAGGGGCUGUUCAGGCAAGACGGAGUACACCUGACAGAGGAAGGUUUAGCUAUAUUCUUGGGCGACAUAGCAGAAAGCGUCAGUGGAAGGCAUGAGGUAGCAGGGGGUGGCGGGCCUGGGUUCUAGGAACCAGGCUAUGGCGGCAAGCAGUGCUCCUCGGCGGUCUGUAGUAGCGCAACGUCGGUUGGCCGGCACUUCCCCAGAUACUUGGCGAAUUUGUCGUGGCCUCAAGGGCCGACACGGUCGUCAUCUUAAGGGUGGACCGGUGCUAUGCCAAUGAGGGGAAGUGGUACCGCUCAGCUAACUUGCGCAAGGGCGGGACUUAGGUUCCGCCCCGUUGUUUAAUCUAGGAGAAAUUAAUAUGGAGGCUGUAGCCGGGGGUAUGCACUGCUUUCUCGCCACCCACUUAUAGAGUACCAAUUCUAAUCCAAUCAAUAAAUUUGGCUGUGACCUUUUAAAUCGCAA